AUGACGCCUGGUCACGUGAUCACUUCUACGCUCCCUCUGCAAGAGAUUCAGGAUGUAGUCUGUGACUGAAUGGAUAUUUUUCAUCAAAAAUAUAACAUUUCCACUCUAUUGUACUGAUUCAUUUGUAUUAACUACCAUAUUUCUUAACCAAUGUAAUGCUUCCUGCUACUGCGGUUUAUCAUUUUCCUUGGGAAAUUCAACCUGGUGCCAUUCCAGAAGGAGCAUCUGUACGAACUUUUGGAAGGCCUACAUUUGUCAUCAGGUUGACAUGUUACCGACCAGAGGAGUCAAAGGCCAUUCUGUCUUCACAUCAUUCAUCUAUGAAGUACCAAGUCAGCGUUCGAACGUCAUAUGUUGAGCCUUUCAACCCCAUAUGUGGAGCACUUUAUAUUGUCUUGGGAGAAGUUGAAAACACAGAAGAGAGAAGCGGUGUGAUGCUGCAGGCCCGUGUGAUGAACUGUGUGGAUGGGGUAGACUUGGCCCUAUUGCAGAAGGCCAUCAAUGACCAACGGAGCUUCCUCCAAGAGAGGGAGGAUGACAAGGGAAGCACUUCAGGCUGACUCAAACUGAACAGUUACAUUAAAGUAAACUCAUUCUCUGGCUGUUCCAGAUGUACUGAAUUGUACUGACUAGUGUAGACUGUAUCAAAACUAACAAGAAGUUGAUCCAGACCACAUUCUUCAAGAAAGAAAUGUAUACAGCCUCCAGUGGCACAAACAUAUGAAGGACUAUUAAAAAGCAAGCUUCAUGGCA